UGUAUAGUUAAAAAAUGGGAGGGCACACUUGAACCGAGCUCUUCUAUGAAGGUAGGCUGCAGCGUGUGUUUAUUGAUGAGAUGAAAAGAAGAUGGAAGUGAGAAAUGAAACAAAGUAAAGGAACAUACUGAGAAAGAAGAAAAGCAAAGUAAACACGCUUCGUCGGGGGGAAAAACGGGAAACACUGUCGCCACUUUUUUUUGAACGAGCUUCGAAGUGCAGCAGAGGAACACAUGAUUUGGACAGAGAAGACUGACAGCCUUGCCUAGCACCAGGCCACUGAUCAGCCAUCUCCACCAGCAAACUGACCCGCUCUUCAUCACCAGCCUCACAAGCAUUUUCAUUAAAAAAAAAAAAAACAAACAAAAAAAAAUCAUCUAACUGUUUUUGUAAACCUGGCUGGCCAACAUGUUACUGCCAUGUGUAAAAGGUGACAUCAGUUGCAAGGGGAUGACCGAGCGCAUUCAUAACAUCAAUCUCCACAACUUCAGCAAUUCUGUACUUGAGACCCUCAAUGAGCAGCGAAACCGCGGGCACUUCUGUGACGUGACCGUUCGGAUCCAUGGAAGCAUGCUGCGAGCUCACCGGUGCGUGCUGGCCGCUGGAAGCCCAUUCUUUCAGGACAAGCUGCUCUUGGGCUACAGCGACAUCGAGAUCCCCUCUGUGGUCUCAGUGCAAUCCAUCCAGAAGCUGAUUGACUUUAUGUACAGUGGAAUUCUGCGGGUUUCUCAGUCAGAAGCGCUGCAGAUCCUCACCGCUGCCAGCAUUCUGCAGAUCAAGACCGUCAUCGAUGAGUGCACCCGCAUCGUGUCCCAGAAUGUGGGCCUGGCUGGUCCAGGGGGGUUCCCUGUGAUACCAGGAGAUUCUGGCCAGGAGACGCCCCGUGGCACACCAGAGUCUGGCACCUCCGGGCCCAGCAGUGAUGCAGAGUCAGGCUAUAUGCAAGUAACAUCACAGCAAAGUGUAGAUCGUACAUACACAUCCCUGUACUCCUACCCCGGCCUGUCUCUGCAGAAUGGCACCCGAGAGCGGUCCCUUUAUGUUAACCCCCUGUCAGCAAAUUAUGAUCCAAGCAAUCAGAAGGACCAGCAAUCUCAAGAUCCGCCCUGGAUAAACCGCAUCCAGGAACGGUCCCAGCAGGUGGAACGCUUCAUGUCCAGCGCAGAGUCCACUCACUGCCGCAAGCAACCACGACCGGUACGCAUCCAAACAGGAGGGAUGCAUAUAAAGCAGGAGGCCGAAGACGAGUUCACCUGCUACGACAUGGGGGACUGCCAAGAUGACACUGACCACAACGAGGGCGUGGAGGGCGAAUCCAAGGUUGAAAACUUUGACUCAGGGGUCAGCUCCUCCAUCAGCACAGAGACAGACACCAUGGAGCAGCAGCCGUACCUGACAAGCUUCAGUCGAGACAUGGUUGGGGAAGGGCAGCAAGGCAUCGAAGGAACUCCAGUGCAGAUAGAGGUCAGCGACUCGUCCCCAGAGCGGAUGCAAAAGACGGAGGACGGGGACACUUCCCACAGCACUAGUGACAGUAGCAUGAUGCAGCCCCUGCCAAACUCAGUCAAACUCAGUCCCAUGUCCCAGUACAUGCGCCAGAUAGAAUCACACACCAGCAACCUGAGGAUGCCGAUCACCGUGCCCAGCAAUUCCCAAGUGAUGGGCACCGCCGGAAGCUCCUUCCUGCCCACACUCUUCCCCACGCAGCCGUCUAGAGACCACAAGCCUUUCCUUUACCUUCCUGGCCAGCAGCAGCCCCAGUUUGUGGCAGUGCCGCCGCCCGCAAUGCCAUCAUUCCCGAACCCCAUGUCCGUACAGCAGGCUCCAUCUCAGCAGCAGCAGGCUGCAGGAGGGAUUGGUCCGGGUGAAAAGAAGCCCUAUGAAUGCACUCUCUGCAGUAAGACCUUUACUGCCAAACAGAAUUACGUCAAACACAUGUUUGUCCAUACUGGUGAGAAGCCUCAUCAGUGCAGCAUCUGCUGGCGCUCGUUCUCCCUGAAGGAUUACUUAAUUAAACAUAUGGUGACACACACAGGGGUGCGCGCCUACCAGUGCAGCAUCUGCAACAAGCGCUUCACCCAGAAGAGCUCGCUGAACGUCCACAUGCGGCUGCACCGUGGAGAGAAGUCCUAUGAGUGCUACAUCUGCAAGAAGAAGUUCUCACACAAGACCCUGCUGGAGCGCCACAUGGCCCUGCACAGCAACGCCAGCGCCAUCACGGGGCUGUCUGUGAGUGUGGGCAACCCGGGCCCGGUCUCCAUCCCGAUGCCGAUAGCCGUCCCCGAGCCCGGAGCUGGCGUUGUGGCUCUCGCCAUGCCAGUGAGCGGCGGCGCCGGAGUAGGGGCCGGGGUUGGAACGGGAGUGGGUGUAGCUGCCGAAGCAAGCUGCCAAGAAGGGACCACCUACGUGUGCUCCGUCUGCCCUGCCAAGUUCGACCAAAUGGAGCUCUUCAAUGACCACAUGCGAAUGCAUGUCUCCGAUGGAUAAGUACAAAUUUAAAGAGAAAAAAAAAAGAAACUUAUUUCUGAAAGAAU